CGGUGGCUUUUGCCAGGAACUUUACCUCCUGAGGCUGUUCGUCUGUUCCCUCCUAUUGGCCUACUGGUCUCAUUAUUUUGGGGAGGCGUAUUUUUUCAAGUGACAGAGGAGUUAUAACUGCCCUUGCCUCUUGAGACUGAGGUACCUGGAGUUCAGGAGCCCCACCUGUUGACAAUGACAGCAGAUGAGUUGGUUUUCUUUGUGAAUGGCAAAAAGGUGGUGGAGAAAAAUGCAGACCCAGAAACAACCCUUUUGGCCUACCUGAGAAGAAAGCUGGGGCUGAGCGGGACCAAGCUGGGCUGUGGAGAAGGGCGCUGUGGAGCUUGCACCGUGAUGAUUUCCAAGUAUGAUCAUCUCCAGAACAAGAUUGUCCACUUUUCUGCCAAUGCCUGCCUGGCCCCCAUCUGCUCUUUGCACCAUGUUGCAGUGACGACUGUGGAAGGGAUAGGAAGCACCAAGACCAGGCUGCAUCCCGUCCAGGAGAGAAUUGCCAAAAGCCACGGUUCCCAGUGCGGGUUCUGUACUCCUGGCAUCGUCAUGAGCAUGUACACACUGCUCCGGAACCAGCCCCAGCCCACCAUGGAGGAGGUCGAGGAUGCCUUCCAUGGAAACCUGUGCCGCUGCACAGGCUACAGACCCAUCCUCCAGGGCUUCCGCACCUUUACCAAGGAUGGUGGGUGCUGUGGAGGGAACGCAGACAACCCAAACUGCUGCAUGAACCAGAAGAAAGACCACACAGUAAGUGGGUCUCCGUGUUUAUUCAACCCAGAGGACUUCAUGCCCUUGGAUCCUACCCAGGAGCCCAUCUUCCCACCCGAGUUACUGAGGCUGAAGGACACGCCUCAGAAGCAGGUGCGUUUUGAAGGGGAGCGUGUGACCUGGAUCCAGGCCUCCACCCUGAAGGAGCUACUGGACCUCAAGGCGCAGCACCCGGAGGCCAAGCUGGUGGUGGGGAACACGGAGAUCGGCAUUGAGAUGAAAUUUAAGAACAAGCUGUUUCCUGUGAUCAUCAGCCCAGCCUGGAUCCCUGAGCUGAAUUUUGUGGAGCGUGGCCCGGAGGGUAUCUCCUUUGGAGCCGCUUGUUCUCUGGACUCUGUGGAAAAGACCCUAAAAGAUGCUGUUGCCGAGCUUCCUGCCCACAAGACAGAGGUGUUCAGAGGCGUCCUGGAGCAGCUGCGCUGGUUUGCCGGGAAGCAGGUCAAGUCUGUGGCGUCCAUCGGAGGGAACAUCAUUAACGCCAGCCCCAUCUCCGACCUCAACCCGGUGUUCAUGGCCAGUGGGGCCAAGAUGACCAUCGUGUCCAGAGGCACCAGGAGAACGGUUCCGAUGGACCACACCUUCUUCCCUGCCUACAGAAAGACUCUGCUAAGUCCAGAAGAGAUACUGCUUUCCAUUGAGAUCCCCUAUAGCAGAGAGGGCGAGUUUUUCUCAGCAUUUAAGCAGGCCUCCCGGAGAGAAGAUGACAUAGCCAAGGUGACCUGUGGCAUGAGAGUCCUAUUCCAGCCAGGAACCACACAGGUGAAGGAGCUGGCCCUUUGCUAUGGCGGGAUGGCUGACAGAACCAUCUCAGCCUUAAAGACUACUCGGAAGCAGCUGUCGAAUUUCUGGAACGAGAAGCUGCUGCACGAGGUGUGUGCAAGCCUGGCGGAGGAGCUGCAUCUGCCCCCUGAUGCCCCGGGUGGCAUGGUGGACUUCCGGCGCACACUCACCCUCAGCUUCUUCUUCAAGUUCUACCUGACGGUGCUUCAGAAGCUGGGCAAAGAGCACCCAGAAGAUAAAUGUGGCCAACUGGACCCCACCUUUGCCAGUGCCACCUUCCUCUUUCAGAAAGACCCUCCGGCCAACGUCCAGCUCUUCCAGGAGGUGCCCAAGGGUCAGUCUGAGGAGGACAUGGUGGGCAGGCCUCUGCCCCACCUGGCCUCGGCCAUGCAGGCCUCUGGGGAGGCCAUGUACUGUGACGACAUCCCUCGCUAUGAGAAUGAGCUGACCCUCCGGCUUGUCACCAGCACCCAGGCACACGCCAAGAUCAAGUGAG